GAAGACACUUAGUACACGACUACAGUGGAAAAGGAUUUUAGAGACUUACCUGCUGACAAACAAAAAGGAUAUUAGCUAUAAAUGUGCUAUUCGCAUGAAAGAAAAACCCCGAAGACUUUUUGGCUGAAAAACCGAACAUGAAAUAAACAUAAUAGUAUUAUUCACAAAGAAAUAGUCGACCGCCUUGUCGGCCAUCUUAAUUGUCAAAAAUUAAAAGUUCCACCGCGAAAGAAUGGCCUACACCGGCGAUUCCAACGCAACUUUGAGAGAUGCAAAGCGAGUGCAGUUUGGUAUUCUGGGCCCAGAUGAACUUCGACGGUUGUCGGUAACUGAAGGAGGUCUCAAAUACUCAGAGACGAUGGAGGGAGGAAGACCGAAGCUCGGAGGACUGAUGGACCCAAGACAGGGUGUCAUUGAUCGCUCAGCACGAUGCCAGACAUGUGCUGGAAACAUGUCUGAAUGCCCAGGGCAUUUCGCUCACAUUGAACUGGCCAAGCCUGUAUUUCACGUUGGUUUUCUUACAAAGACGAUCAAAGUGCUGAGAUGCGUUUGUUUCUACUGCUCCAAACUGCUUGUCGAGCCUUCCAACCCAAAGAUGAAGGAUGUCUUGUCUCGAUCAAAGGGUCAGCCCGGAAAGCGUCUGUCGGCUGUUUAUGACCUGUGUAGGACAAGGAAGGAGUGUGAGGGAGGCGACGAGAUGGACACCAAGCUAGAAAAGGACGACCCUGGCAGGGAGGGGAAUGAUGCGAAGAAAAAGAUUGGGCAUGGGGGUUGUGGACGCUACCAACCUAUCAUCCGUCGAAUGGGGCUGGACCUGACAUGUGAGUGGAAGAAAACAAAUGAGGAGAACCAGGAGAAGAAGAUUGUCCUCACUGCCGAGAGGGUGUACGAGAUACUCAAGAGGAUCUCAGAUGAAGAAUCCACUGUUUUGGGUAUGGACCCAAAGUUUGCCCGUCCGGAUUGGAUGGUUCUCACGGUUAUGCCUGUUCCCCCUCUGUGUGUGAGACCUGCUGUGGUCAUGUUUGGGUCUGCCAGGAACCAGGACGAUUUGACCCACAAGCUGUCUGACAUCAUCAAGGCAAACAAUAACCUGAAGCGGAAUGAACAGAACGGAGCAGCAGCCCACAUCAUUGCUGAAGACACGAAGAUGCUUCAGUUCCAUGUGGCUACAUUCACAGACAAUGAAUUACCAGGGCUGCCCAGGGCUGUACAAAAGUCAGGUCGCCCGUUGAAGUCUGUCAAACAGCGGUUGAAAGGUAAAGAAGGUCGUGUGAGAGGAAACUUGAUGGGUAAGCGUGUUGACUUCUCCGCCCGUACUGUCAUCACACCCGACCCUAACCUCCGCAUCGACCAAGUUGGCGUUCCCAGGACUAUUGCACAGAAUAUGACAUUCCCAGAGCUUGUCACACCAUUUAACAUCGACAGACUACAUGAUCUUGUGCGUCGAGGUGCGAACCAAUACCCUGGAGCCAAGUACAUUGUAAGAGAAAAUGGCGAGAGAAUUGAUCUCCGCUUUCAUCCCAAGGCCAGCGACCUUCAUCUCCAGAUUGGGUACAAGGUUGAGCGUCACAUGCAGGAUGGUGACUACGUGGUGUUUAAUCGUCAGCCCACACUGCAUAAGAUGAGUAUGAUGUGUCAUCAGGUGAAAAUCCUGCCCUGGUCCACAUUCAGAAUGAACCUCAGUGUGACAACACCAUACAACGCUGACUUUGACGGAGAUGAGAUGAAUCUCCAUCUGGCCCAGUCUUUGGAGACCCGGGCAGAGAUCUCCCAGCUGGCAUCUGUCCCCCGUAUGAUCAUUACGCCCCAGUCAAACAGGCCCGUCAUGGGAAUUGUACAGGACACCCUCACGGCUGUCCGCAAGAUGACCAAACGGGAUGUGUUUUUAACCAGGGGUGAGGUAAUGAACAUUCUCAUGUUCCUGCCCAGCUGGGACGGCCACAUGCCACAGCCAGCCAUCCUGAAGCCCAAACCCCAGUGGACGGGCAAGCAGAUCUUCUCUCUGAUCAUUCCCGGCAGGGUGAACCUGAUCAGAACACACAGCACACAUCCGGACGAGGAGGAUAAAGGCCCGUAUAGGUGGAUCUCCCCUGGUGAUACUAAGGUGUUGAUAGAAGAUGGAGAAUUGAUGUCUGGAAUCCUUUGUAAGAAAUCCCUGGGGACAUCAGCUGGUGCCUUGGCCCACGUCGUCUUCCUGGAGAUGGGAUAUGAGAUCGCAGGUUACCUGUAUGGUAAUAUCCAGACCGUUGUGAACAACUGGCUACUGAUCGAAGGUCAUAGUAUCGGUAUUGGUGACACAAUUGCCGAUCCAGAGACUUACAUCGAGAUUCAGGACACAAUCAAGAAAGCUAAGUUGGACGUGAUAGAAGUGAUUGAGAAAGCUCACAACGAUGAGCUUGAGCCGACCCCUGGUAACACACUGAGACAGACGUUUGAGAACCAGGUGAACAGAAUCCUCAAUGACGCUCGUGACAAGACUGGAAGUAAAGCUCAGAAAUCGCUGUCUGAGUUCAACAACUUCAAGGCUAUGGUGGUGGCUGGAUCCAAGGGAUCCAAGAUUAACAUCUCACAGGUUAUUGCCUGUGUAGGCCAACAGAACGUGGAGGGAAAGCGUAUCCCGUUCGGCUUCCGUCACCGCACACUACCUCACUUCAUUAAGGAUGAUUACGGGCCUGAGUCACGUGGCUUCGUGGAAAACUCGUACCUGGCCGGUCUUACACCAUCAGAGUUCUACUUUCACGCCAUGGGAGGUCGAGAGGGACUUAUUGAUACAGCUGUAAAGACAGCUGAAACUGGUUACAUUCAGAGACGUCUUAUCAAAGCCAUGGAGAGUGUUAUGAUCAAGUAUGACGGCACGGUGAGAAACCAGGUGGAGCAGUUGAUCCAGCUCCGAUACGGUGAGGAUGGGCUGGAGGCCACACGGGUUGAGUUCCAGUCCCUCCCCACGCUCAAACCAUCCAACCGGGCCUUUGAGAAAAACUUCAAGUUUGAUCCAACAAAUGAGAGACAGUUGAAGAAAAGUCUUACUGAAGACAUCAUCAAGGACUUGCUGUCUGACGCCCACUGCCUGUCAGAGAUUGAAACUGAAUGGGAGACACUGGUGAAUGACAGAGACAUGGUGCGACAGAUCUUCCCCUCCGGAGACAGCAAGAUUGUGCUGCCCUGUAAUCUGCAGAGAAUGAUCUGGAACGCUCACAAGAUCUUCAAGAUUGACAAACGGAAAGUCACAGAUAUCCACCCAAUCAAGAUCAUUGAAGAUGUUAAGCAGCUGUGUAGAAGGCUGACAGUUGUGCCAGGAGAAGACAGACUGAGUGUUCUGGCCAACCAGAACGCCACUAUCCUCAUGAAAGUGCUCAUCCGGUCCACAUUCUGCUCCAAGCGUGUCAUUGAGGAGUUCCGACUCUCUAAUGAGGCCUUUGAUUGGCUCAUUGGAGAAAUUGAGACGAAAUUCCAACAUGCACAGGUUCACCCGGGCGAGAUGGUGGGUGCUCUAGCUGCCCAGUCCCUCGGAGAGCCUGCCACCCAAAUGACACUCAACACUUUCCAUUACGCCGGAGUGUCCGCCAAGAACGUAACCCUCGGUGUGCCCAGAUUGAAGGAGAUCAUUAACAUCUCAAAGAAGCCCAAGACACCUUCACUGACUGUGUUCCUUAUUGGCCAGGCUUCCAGAGAUGCUGAAAAGGCUAAGGAUGUGCUGUGCCGUUUGGAGCACACAACACUACGCAAGGUAACAGCCAACACGGCUAUCUAUUACGAUCCGGACCCACAGAACACUGUGAUCACUGAAGACCAGGAGUGGGUGAACGUGUAUUACGAGAUGCCGGACUUUGAUGUGAGCAAGAUCUCUGCCUGGUUGCUGCGUAUUGAACUGGACAGGAAGAGAAUGACGGAUAAGAAACUCACCAUGGAGUCCAUAUCGGAGAAAAUCACUGCUGGUUUUGGUGAUGACUUGAACUGUAUCUUCAACGACGACAAUGCUGAGAAGUUGGUGCUGCGGUUGAGAAUCAUGAACUCAGAUGACAGCAAGAUGCAUGAUGAGGAGGAAGCAGCAGACAAGAUGGAAGAUGAUGUGUUCCUACGUUGUAUCGAGGCCAACCUGCUCUCAGAUAUGUCCUUGCAGGGCAAUGAAGCCAUCGCUAAGGUGUACAUGCACUUGCCCAAUACUGAUGAUAAGAAGCGCAUCUUCAUCACGGACGAGGGCGAAUUUAAGGCGGUGGCCGAGUGGAUUCUGGAAACUGACGGCACUUCUCUCAUGAGAGUGCUCAGUGAACGUGAUGUGGACCCCAUCAGGACAACUACCAACGAUAUUGUGGAAGUGUUUGCUACCCUUGGAAUUGAAGCUGUCCGUAAGUCCAUUGAGAAGGAGAUGAACCAUGUGAUCUCGUUCGACGGUUCUUACGUAAACUACCGUCACUUGGCCCUGCUGUGUGACGUGAUGACUGCUAAGGGCCAUCUCAUGGCCAUUACCCGUCACGGCAUCAACAGACAGGAAACUGGUGCACUUGCUAGGUGCUCGUUUGAGGAAACAGUCGAUAUUUUGAUGGAGGCGGCUGCCCACGCAGAAUGUGAUCCGAUGAAGGGCGUGUCAGAGGCCAUUAUGCUGGGUCAGCUAGCGCGUAUCGGGACUGGGUGCUUUGACCUGCUCCUGGACGCGGAGAAGUGUAAAUACGGCAUGGAGAUACCCACCAACAUCGGGGCCGGCAUGAUGGGAGGAGUUGGUACAGGCAUGUUCUUUGGUGGAGGGGCGAGCCCGGCGGCUGGAAUGUCUCCUCAGAUGACACCAUGGCAACAGAGUGCCACACCUGGUUAUGCCGGGGCCUGGUCACCGGGUGUUGGCAGUGGCAUGACUCCGGGGGCAGCUGGGUUCUCACCAUCUCAGUCCGAGAGUGGCUACAGUCCAGGGUACAGUCCAGCAUGGUCCCCACAGCCUGGCUCCCCAAGCUCCCCUUCAAGCCCCUACAUUCCGAGUCCACGUGGAGCUAUGUCACCAAGUUACAGUCCGACAUCACCGUCGUAUAUUCCGAGCUCUCCAGCUAUGUCUGGUGGAACACCACAGAGUCCUGGAUAUUCACCAACAUCGCCUAGCUACAGUCCAACAAGUCCAGGAUAUUCGCCAUCAUCGCCGAAUUACAGUCCAACAUCGCCAUCAUAUUCGCCAACAAGUCCUUCCUACAGCCCGACAAGCCCGUCGUACAGUCCUACCAGUCCAUCAUAUUCUCCGACAAGCCCCAGCUAUAGCCCGACUAGUCCCAGCUAUAGCCCAACUUCGCCAAGCUAUAGUCCAACUAGUCCUAGCUAUUCUCCAACAAGUCCGAGCUAUUCGCCAACAAGCCCAAGUUACUCUCCCACUAGCCCAAGUUACAGCCCGACUUCCCCCUCGUAUUCCCCAACUUCCCCCAGUUACAGUCCUACAAGUCCUUCAUACUCCCCAACAAGUCCAAGCUACUCCCCAACGAGUCCAAGCUACUCGCCGACAUCACCGAGCUACUCUCCAAGUAGCCCCAACUAUAGCCCCUCUUCACCAAGCUACAGCCCUUCAAGCCCCAGUUACUCCCCUACGAGCCCCUCCUACUCGCCGUCAAGCCCCAAUUACAGCCCCUCGUCCCCAUCUUAUUCCCCCUCCUCCCCGAAAUUCAGCCCCCAGUCCCCCAGCUAUUCACCCACCUCCCCCUCCUACUCCCCCUCCAGUCCAAAAUAUUCCCCUGCAUCUCCCAGUUACUCCCCGACAAACUUCAGCUACUCCCCCAGUUCCCCUCAAUAUUCCCCCUCCUCUCCGGCAUACUCCCCAUCAUCCCCUGCAUAUAGUCCAGGGGCUGCGAGUGACAGGGGGUCUCACAAGUAUUCCCCAAGCUCCCCGCAGUAUAGCCCAACAUCCCCAACAUAUUCCCCCUCGAGUCCUCAAUAUUCCCCCGCAAGUCCGAGUUACUCGCCCUCAAGCCCCCAAUAUUCCCCCGCUAGCCCCUCCUACAGCCCUUCAAGUCCCCAAUACAGCCCUUCAUCACCCGCCUACACACCUACCACCCCGAAAUAUUCACCCACCAGCCCGACAUACAGCCCAGCUGAUGAGGACAGUGAUAUGGACUAGAAUUGUGGUUUUGAUUAGAGUAUGGGUUGUGAUAGUUACUAUGAGUGUUCAAACUGUGCGGAAAACAGCAAAUCAGUUGCUAAAUAAUUGUGAAAGAGUUUUGCUGAGUUUUUGUCUUAUUCAUGUUGGUAAACACACUCACAUCUGUGACAUAACUGAUAAAACUAUGUGAAAUUUUAUUUUAGACAUGGUGGAUGUUUUGUACAGAUAUGUAAAGAAAAGGUGAAAUUCAUAGAUAUUGUACAUACAUUCAUGUUCUUCAUAUAGAACAUUUUCUAUGAAUAGGAUAUAUGUGUACAUAUUUUUGUACUGUUUUUAUAAAUGUUCCACCUUCAGUCACUGUUAAGGUUCUCCACAUGAUAUUGGGAGCCCUGUAGAAUAAAUGCGUAUUUAUUCUUCUAGCAUGUUUGGUUUUCACAUCCUGUUAGUUUUAGCUUUAUUUUUGUAUUGAUUAUAUUGAUAAAGUAUUAUAACUUGAUCUGAUCAAUGAUUAUUUUGUGGAGUGAAAGUCUUGCUACUCUUGUAUCAUGUGUAUGAUAAGUCGAAUGAAAGCUUUCAAGUUGUUUUUAAGCCAUUGCCAUACUUUAAUAAAGUAGUAUACAUAGCCUCAAAUUCAAACACUUCAAAAGUGUUAAGUGUUCAAGUGUACAUAUUUGUUAUGUAGUUUUCAUCAUGCAUCUAGAUAUAUUGAAGUUUUGUUUGUUGUUUUUCAGGAUGUAUUUUUUGUAUUCAUAUUUUAAAAAAUUAUGGAAAAAAAUCAUCAUCAAGACUCAUUGUAUAUUUGCUACAAUUAAUGUCAAGUUCAUUAUAUAGGUGUUCAUUGGUACUUCGUGCUAUUUCAUCCAUAGUAAAUGACGUCUGAGAGGUUUUGUCUCGGGUUUCAACAAACAUAUCUCUUGUUUCAACGCAAACAUGGCAGUGCUAUUAUUCAAAUGGUGUUAGGAAUCCUUGUACAUAUUGCCAAACUGCAUCUAGAAAUGGUGUAAAUAGUCAUUAUUUUAGCCGGGAGUUGGCGAUUUAAAUAUGUUGAGUAAAAAUCAGAAAUACUCUGUUAACUAUUUUUGUUAGGGCUAUUCCAUUUAAACAUGUAACCCCCCUGGUGGAAGGCACUUUUAAAUUAUACCAACUCCUACAGAAGCAAUUUUACCCUUUUGGGGUCCAAAUUAACGAAAAAAGACACCAACCCAUAAACUAUUAAAAAACCUAACCCCCCCCCCCCCCCCCCCCCACGGGUUAAUAUGUUUAACUGGAAUAGCCUUUAGUAAUAUUUGAAUGAAUAUCUGUCUUACUUGUGGUUAGGAUUAUUUGAACUUUCAUUCCAUGAUAUGUUUGGCAUUUUUGUGUUUCCUAAUAUGCAGUUAAAUUAGUGUUUUAUGCCCCUAAAAGUAUAUAUAGUAGUUGCACUGUCCGGCUGUUACUAUUGUGUCUCGGCUGUAUUAUUAUAAACUUGCUCAAUUAUUAGGAUUUCGAUCAAACUUCACAGAAAUAUUAAGAAGCCUAGGGGUCAUCACUCCGACACUUUCCAAAUCGGGGGCAUUUGUCACGUUCCUGUGACAGCUCAUCCUAAUCUUAAAACUGUAAACGUUUCUUUUGAUGUAGCAAACAGUGAAACUUUUUAAGGAAGUGUUUUUGUAAAGAACUAAGGAAAUUAUCGCUGGAUUCGAUGUUGAACUUUUACAGGAAUAGUAACUUGGUGUUGUAAAAUAUUAUGAUGUCUGAUACCUUGUUUGUUUGUUUGGAAAAUAAAAAUAUAAACGUUA